AUGGCACCUGUUACUAGAUGCAGCACAAGCAGGAAUGCAACUCUGGCAGCUAACGUACGUCGGUGUACUGGAAUUCCCUCCUCAAGAUUGAAGAAAGUGAAGGCUACAAUUAAUGGUAAAAAUUCUUCCUUGAAUUGGUUCUUGACUUCUUAUCAAAGUAAUGAAAACUUCAGGAACCUGGUAAAAGAUUUCAUCAGCAAAAGAAACAGCUUAAAGUCUCGGAUUACUGCAUCCUUAGAAGAUAUUGUUCACUAUGAACGAAUGUUGUCUCAAUCCACAAACACCGUACGAAAACUAAAAAAAGAACUUAGUAAGUUGACAGUGUUUUCAAAAGAUUUGGAGGAGUUGAAUGAUCCCUUUGUCAAUGGACUCUUCAAUAACGAGAAAGAGUUCUCUGAAGAAACUCUGGAAAAGUUCAUUAUUGCCUAUGAUGAGAAAAAGGGAGGAAGAAGAACACUAAGGGUUUCAGUUCAAGACUUUAGAGAAUGUCUGGAUUUAUGCAAGUUAAUGCAGGCUGCAAGAACAGGUAUUCAAUUUUCUUGGUGCAACAACAGAGCUUGGAAAAAGAGAAUUUUAUGUGAUUUAGAUAAAGCAUUCAUCAAUGUCAAAUGGAUGGAAGUAUAUGAAGUAUGGAGUUAUAAGGUGGGAGUUAGAGGGGUUUCAGAGCAUGGUGCUCUUUUUGGUUCUGUGAUAGGAAUUCCAAAACCUUUAAAUAUCCCUUUCAGAUACCAAGAUGUAUGGACUACUCAUCCAGAUUUCUUAAAUUUAAUACAACACUCUUGGAGUGAACCAUGUGAAGGUAAUCCAGCUUUCCAAUUUAUCUUUAAACUCAAAAGAUUUAAGCAAAGGGUAAAACAGUGGAAUUGGAAUGUCUUUGGUGAUUUGAGAAAAAAAGUGCAAACAACUGAAGAAGAUGUUAUGAAAGCUUCAUUACUAUCAGAUGCAGAUCCUGAAAAUAUCAACUUAUUGAAUGACUUAGUUACUGCCUGGGGAAGAAAUGAAUUAUCUGCUCAACAAUAUAAUACAUUGAUGCAUGCUAAGUCAAGAAUUAAAUGGGUUAAAGAAGGAGGAGCUAAUACUGCAUUUUUUCGUGCAAAUAUGAGAAUAAGACAAACUCAAAAUGUUAUUGUUGAACUGGAAGACAAGGAUAGGAAUGUAGUUAUUGAUCAAAAAGUAAUUGCAAACAUGCUAGUGGAGCAAUUUCAAAACAAAUUUAAGAAACAACCAGUUCACUUUUCAGAAGACAUUUUUAAGGUGAUUCCAAAAGUUCUUACUACAAAAGAUAAUGAUAUAAUGGAUGUUGUUCCUUCAUGUGAGGAAAUCAAAAAAGUUGUAUUUGGGAUGGAUGCAAAUUCUUCUCCUGGUCCAGAUGGAUUCCUUGGAAGUUUUUACAAAUUUGCUUGGGAAGUAGUAGGUAUGGAUCUUAUAAAGGCUAUUCAAUACUGUUGGAAAUGCAGAUUUAUUCCUAAGGGCUUCAAUUCAAAUUUCUUGUUUCUACUACCAAAAGUGAAAGGAGCAAAAAAGGCUGAACAGUUUAGACCCAAUGGAUUGGAAAAUUUCAGUUUUAAAAUAAUUACCAGAAUAAUAACUACAAGACUUAGCAGUAUGGUGAAUAAACUGGUUUCUAGUCAGCAAGGAGCUUUUAUAAAAGGCAGAACCAUUCAUGAAAAGAUAGUGCUAGCUUCUGAGAUGAUAAAUGAAAUGAACGUUAAGAGAAGAGGAGGUAAUGUUGGGUUGAAACUAGAUAUUUCUCAAUCUUAUGAUUUCCUGAGUUUGGAAUUUCUUUUUGAAGUCCUAAGAAGAUUUGGAUUCUCUGAAGUUGGAAUUAAUUGGCUAAGAAUUUUAUUUACUUCAUCUAGAAUUUUUGUAUUAGUUAAUGGGAGCCCUUGUGGUUUCUUUGAAGUAAGUAGAGGGUUGAGACAAGGAGACCCACUAUCUCCCAUAUUGUUUGUGAUAGCUGAAGAAGUUUUGAGUAGAAACUUAACUCAAAUGGUGCAAGAAGGAAAAAUUCAAGCAAUGGUCAGAAAUGAUGGAAGAGUGAAAGAACCAACAAAAGGAUAUCUUGGGGUUAUCCUUAAUCCUGGAAGAGUGAAAGAACAUCAAGUUUGGGGGAGUGUAGAAAUGAUGCAGGAGAUGCUUGCUAGCUGGAGAGGUACUUUAUUGGCUUUUCCAUCUAGGCUUACAUUAGUAAAAUUUGUGUUAUGUAGAUAUCCAAUCUUCACUAUAUCAGUGUAUAAGUGGCUAAAGGUGGUGAUAAAAGAAUGUGAGAGAAUAAUUAGAAACUUCCUUUGGACUGGUGAUCCAGCUGAAAAGAAACUUAUAACAGUGAAGUGGGAAGAAGUUAAUGCUCCUAUCUCUGAAGGAGGUUUAUCAGAAGACUGGAGGUUAUAA